ACACUUCAGUUUGUCUGUGGUCUCUGCCCUGAUCUGUCCCGUUGAGAAAAUCGCCUCGUCUAAUGAAUCGCCUCGCCGGAUGAUUUAACAGCUGACGUAAAGCGUCACAUAUAAAAUACAGCAGACCACGUUAUCGCAUUCCUCACCUUUCUCGACACAGUUCGUUGCUACGUUUGCCUCUAAUCGCAGAUUAACGUAGAAUCGGUAGUUUCUUCUUUUAAAUUACAUAACUCGUAUUUAUUUCAACGUAUUUCCCGCAAGCCGGUGAAACAUGAGCCAUCACAAACCCGACGAGAAAACUCUUCAGGCCCUGAGAGAUAUCGCUAACAAGCUCAGGAUCCUCUCCAUCAAGGAAACAUGCGCUUCAAAUUCCGGACAUCCCACCUCAUGCUGCAGCGCUGCCGAGCUUAUGUCAGUGUUGUUCUUCCACACCAUGCGGUACAAAGCUGAUGAUCCCCGCAACCGCUACAAUGACCGCUUCAUCUUAUCCAAGGGCCAUGCUGCUCCUAUUCUUUAUGCAGCCUGGGCAGAGGCUGGAUUCAUCAAGGAAUCUGAGCUACUAAACCUGCGUAAGAUCGAUUCUGACCUGGAGGGUCACCCCACCCCUAAACUAGCAUUUGUGGAUGUGGCAACAGGCUCGCUUGGCCAGGGUUUGGGAGCUGCAUGCGGCAUGGCCUACACAGGAAAAUACUUUGACAAGUCAAGCUAUCGUGUAUACUGCAUGCUGGGAGAUGGUGAGUGUUCAGAAGGGUCGGUGUGGGAAGCCAUGGCUUUUGCUUCCUAUUACAAGCUUGACAAUCUGGUGGCCAUCCUUGAUGUCAACCGCCUGGGCCAGAGUGAGCCAGCCCCAUUGCAGCAUAACAUGAACACCUAUAAGGAGCGCUGUGAGGCGUUCGGCUUCAACACCUAUGUGGUAAAUGGCCAUGAUGUGGAGGAGCUGUGCAAGGCUCUCUGGCAUGCUGAGCAAUUUAAAGGCAAACCCACUGCCAUCAUAGCCAAAACCUUUAAGGGCAAAGGUCUCAAAUGCAUUGAGGAUCAGGAUAACUGGCAUGGGAAGCCUAUACCUAAAGACUGUGUGGAUGAACUGAUUAAUGACCUCAUGAGCCAGAUCCAGUCACCCAACAAGACCCUUCACCCUCAACUGCCCAAUGAGGAUGCUGCUCCAGUUGAUUACACACCCAUCCACCUUCUCACAGCUCCAGAAUACAAGAUUGGAGAUAAGAUCUCCACCAGAAAAGCUUAUGGUGUAGCCCUGAAGAAGAUGGGGGAUGCCAGUUCUCGUGUUGUGGCCCUGGAUGGUGACACUAAAAACUCAACAUUCUCUGACAUCUUCAAAAAAGCCCAUCCUGAUCGCUACAUUGAGUGCUUCAUUGCAGAACAGAACAUGGUGAGUGUGGCCAUUGGUUGUGCCACUCGUGAUCGCACCGUUCCAUUCGCCAGCACUUUUGCUGCCUUCCUUGCCCGUGCCUAUGAUCACAUCCGCAUGGCAGCAAUCUCCCAGUCCAACAUCAACCUGGCUGGAUCCCACUGUGGUGUUUCCAUUGGUGAGGAUGGCCCCUCCCAGAUGGCACUGGAGGAUCUUGCAAUGUUCCGUGCUAUCCCAACAUGUACUGUGUUUUACCCCAGUGAUGGAGUAUCUAUGGAGAGAGCAGUGGAGCUUGCAGCCAAUACAAAUGGUAUCUGUUUCAUUCGCACCAGCCGGCCUGAUACAGCAGUUAUUUAUGACACUGGAGAGCAAUUUGAAGUUGGCAGCGCCAAGGUGGUGCGCCAGUCCAACAAUGAUCAGGUAACUGUCAUUGGAGCCGGAGUAACACUACAUGAAGCACUUGCAGCACAUGAUCAACUGGUGAAAGAAGGUGUGAACAUUCGUAUAAUUGACCCAUUCACCAUUAAGCCCCUGGAUGCCACCACUAUUGUGGCUAGUGCUCGUGCCACAGGAGGAAGGGUGAUCACUGUUGAGGAUCACUACAAAGAGGGUGGUCUGGGCGAGGCUGUUCUAGCUGCAGUGGGGGAGGAGCCCGGAAUCAUGGUGCAGCGUCUGGCUGUGAGCCACGUGCCCCAAAGUGGCAAACCACAAGAGCUUCUGGACAUGUUUGGCAUCAGUGCCAAAUCCAUCGUUGCUGCUGUCAAGCGCACUUUUGCCAACUAAAAUCUUCCUAUCCUUAAACCACCCCGAACGACACCGUCCCUGUGUCUCCACUCCUUAACCAGCACCAAGAGACCAAGCUUACAACACCUCAAUAUCAUUCCAGAGGCUCAGCAUUUUCAGUGACUAGAUGAACGGAUGGGGAAACUGGGGAUAUAACUUAUUAGUGUGAAAAUGUUCUCUAACCUGUACACUUUAGUUGAGUGCAUCACGCCAUUGCUCACAAGUGUUUUGUUGUUGUAUAUUCAGUUCUGCCUUCUUGAUAGCUUUAAGUGCUGCAUUAACUGUGGGCUUUAAAGAAUCCAUUACAAUCGACACUUUCAAACACCUUAACAGUUUCACACUGAUGUCAUUUCAUGCCUCUAUAGCUAUUAAAUGUGUGCUUCCUUUAAUUACUUUAAAGCCAAUAGCAUUAAAACUAAAAAGCAUUAUGGUGCUUUCAGAGUGUGGAAGAGUGAAUAUCUGUCAUCUUUUUCCAUUUUGACUGCUGUUGUGUAAGCUACCGAAUAUCCCAGUGUUGCUUUUGGUACGCAAGCGGUUUGGUUUUUGGUGACUUGAUGAAAUGUGUCUCAUGUUACUGAGACUCCUUUAUUGUCAUUAAUGACAAACUCAAAACU